AUGCUGACGGUAGAUGUGGGUCCACCUGUGAUGGCGUUCCUGAAGUUCUUCUGGGACAUAAUAUCCCAGGAGGCUGGAUUUCUCCACAAUUUUGAAAAGAUUUUAGAGACUUUAGAGAGGAAGAGGGAUGAACUGGUCAUCCGGGCAAACAGUGUGAUUAGAGAGGUCCAUAGAGCUGAAUUGGAAGGCAAGAUCCCCACCUAUGAAACAGUGGAAUGGAUGAGACAGGUGGAUGAAGUUAAGAAAGAAGUGAGCGAUGCAGAGAAACAGAUCAUGGCAAUAGAGAAGCUCGCCAAAGCAUGCUUCCCAGGCUGCAGGGCACGUCGCAGACUUGGCAGAAGAGCUCUAAGGCUCAUGCAGCAGGUGGCGGAACUCAUCCAGAGAAGCCCUUUUGCUGGUGGGCUGACUGUUGAUCAACUGCCAGUCAUUGGGCAUAUCUUACCAGCGAUGACAUUAGUGGGUGAAACCACAGCAAAGACGACAUUAGAGAACCUCUGUAAGCUGAUCACAGACAGGAACGUUGGCAAGAUUGGCGUUCAUGGAAUGGGAGGAGUCGGAAAGACGGCCAUCGCCAAGCACAUCAACAACCGCCUGGUCGAGUCUGAGCUCUUCGGCAGCAUCAUAUGGGUCUCUGUGUCGAAGCCUUUCAGCUUGGCUAGCUUGCAGGCUGAUAUUGCCCGAGCCAUUGGGUUGGACCUGUCCCAGGAGCCCAGCGAGGUCAGAAGGUCCACCAAGCUCUUUGAACAUUUGAACAGGAGGAAGAAGUUCGUGCUCAUCCUGGAUGACAUGUGGGGGGCUUUCUCUCUGGAUCUGAUCGGGAUUCCUCAGCCGAAUGCCGAGAACGGCUGCAAGAUUCUGCUGACCACCCGCUCGGUGCAGGUCUGUCGGGAGAUGGAGACGAGCAACAAUAUCAAGGUCGAUCUGCUCUCAGAGGAUGAGGCAUGGGAGCUGUUCAAGGAAAAAAUUGGUGGAGAUGCAGCGCUCUCCCCGGAUAUACAGCCCACUGCCAAGCUGGUUGCCAAGAAAUGCGGGCGCCUUCCUCUGGCGAUCAUCACCGUCGGAAGAGCUCUCAGGCAGGUGGAUGAUGUGAGAAUUUGGAGGCACACUCUGGCCGAGCUGGGGUACUCCAACAGUGAGGUAAGAUCCAUGAAGAAGGAGGUCUUCACGCCUCUUAGAUUCAGCUACGACCAUCUCAAAGACAAACUUACCCAAGAUUGCUUCUUGUGUUGCGCGUUGUUUCCCGAGGAUCACAAGAUCCCCACUGAUCAUCUGAUCGAGUACUGGAUGGGGGAGGGACUAAUCGGUGAAAAUGGGGACCGGCAGGCUGAGAUUGACGAGGGGUACGCCUUGUUGAACGAGCUGAAGGACGCUUACAUGCUGGAGGGCAUGACCGGCGCUCUGGGUCAAGAAUGUGUCUGGAUGCACGACUUGAUCCGAGAUAUGGCAAUUCAUAUAAUGAGGGAGCGUGGCUCCUUCAUGCCCAGAGCAGGGGUCAGACUGAAACAUUCGCCCAAGGAGGAGUGGCUCGAGGAGUAUGAGAGGGUCUCGUUGAUGGAGAACAAGAUCGAGGUUUUAUCAUCCAGACCCGAUUGCCCAAAGCUCGCCAUGCUCCUGCUCCGAGGGAACCCACUCUCUCAGAUCGAAGAAUGUUCUUUCUUUGCCAGAAUGCGCAGUCUCAGAGUUCUCGACCUCUCCCACACUCUGAUCGACUCCUUGCCGGAGUCGAUCACUGAGCUGGUGAACCUCCGCACUCUGUUUCUGGGCUCCUGCAGGAGGCUGAAGAACGUGCCCUCGCUGGAGACGCUGCAGGAGCUGAGGGUGCUGGACAUUUCUCACACGCCCAUCGAGAAUCUGCCCCCAGGAGCCGAAGGCCUGGUCAAACUGAGGCGCCUAGACCUGUCGCACACAAAGAAUCUGAAGAUGUUCCCUAGAGGGCUGCUGGCCAAGCUCCCCCUUCUUGAAGACCUGUCUACGUACAGGAGCUCGUGGCUCUGGCUGUCUGCGGCGGAGGAGAUGGAAGGAGGAGCUGGAAUAGAAGAGAUCAUCGGCUCGGAGAAGCUGUCUAAUCUCUGUCUAUCUUUCUGGAACUUGGGUACGUUCGCAAGAUACAUAAUCUCUGGUCACUGGAGGAAGCUCAGGAGAUUCAACCUUAUGGUGGGAUGGAAGUCGGCUUUCUUGUACUCGAAAUCCCCGUACUCCGUUGAGAUCGUCAGUGAGGGACUUUUGAGCCAGGGGAGCUCCCUUCUGCUACCCUGCAACACCCUGCGACUUCACAUUGAGAACUGCCAUGACGUGCUCUGUUUGUCCGAGAUAUCUAGCCUGUCAGAAUUGUCUGCGCUGAGGGACUGCUCUGUAUACACCUGUUGGGGGAUCGAAUGCCUGGUGACGGCGAAGGGGAACCCCCUCUCGAGCAUCGAGACGCUGAAUCUCUGGGAUCUGCCGAAUUUGAGCUCGUUAUGCCAGCAGAAUGUCCAAACCAGCACCUUCGCUGGGCUCAGGAUCUUGGAAAUCGGCUCUUGCGAUAAUAUGAAGAGAGUCUUCCCACUUCCUUUGUUGCGGCAUCUUCAAAACCUCGAGCAGCUUCGAGUGGUGAGCAGCGCUUCCGUGGAGAAGAUCAUUGCAGGCGAGGAGGAAGCGGAGGUUGUGGCCCUCCCGAGCUUGAGGAAGCUCGACCUGAUGUAUCUCGCCGAACUGACGAGCAUUUACAGUGGGGAACUCGUAUGUGAUUCGUUGAUCGCCAUCACUGUGGAGAAAUGCCCCAAGCUGAAGAGACUACCGAUCUCCAUCGACCAUGUUCCUCCCAUGCUCGAGGUGAUCAAGGGGGACAGGGAGCUGCUUGAUUCCCUGUGGCAAGAUGACAGCCGUAACAGAGCUUUCUUCCAGAAGUACUGCAGAGAGUGCUGA